UAUGACAAGAUACGAUUCAACCUUAAUGAUUUCCAGUCUCAAGUCCGCCUCUGUUUGAAUGCCUUUCAUCUCCCUGAGAACCGCCGUGCUCACUCUCGGUGUGUUCUUGGUCACCCGGUAUAUCGUCAUGCCACUCUUCUUCCGUCAACAUGUCGAUUACUCCGGCAAGCAUUGUUAUAUCACGGGCGGAUCAUCUGGUCUAGGGUUGGCAUUAGCCGAAGGGCUAGCUCAGAAAGGAGCGGACAUCACCAUCGUCGCACGUGACGUGAAGAAGCUCGAACAGGCCGUCGAGAGGAUCAAGGCCCAGACCACCUCCCCAACCCAGAAGAUCAUCCAGAUCUCAGCCGACCUGUCCCAAUUCAAACCCUCUGCCAAGGCUUACCGUCAAUCCAUUACGCGGCACGAUGGCAGAGUCCCGGACUAUGUGUUCUUGUGCGCGGGAGCGAGCAAGCCGAAGCAUUUCGUGGAGAUGGGCUCGGAGGAUUUCACUUGGACCCUGAACGCGACCUAUCUACCCGCACUACACACCUCUUCGGUAGCCCUAAGGACGAUGGUCAAGCAGGGUAUCAGGGGCGGAAGGAUCGUGUUCGUCUCAAGUUUCCUUGGGUAUACGACCUUUGUGGGAUAUACGGGAUAUUCUGCGGGGAAGUACGCCAUCCGAGGUCUGGCCGACUCGCUGCGUUCCGAAGUCCUGCUUUAUCAAAAGUCCCACGACCUGAAGAUCCACCUGUAUACCCCGGCAGGUAUCUUGUCGCCCGGAUAUGACGAGGAGGAAAAGACGAAACCGGCAGUGACGAAAAAGAUUGAAGAGGGGGACGAACCGAUAUCGCCGGAGAAAUGUGUAGAGGUGUUAUUGAGCGGGAUGGACAAGGGGUAUUACCAGAUCACGAACGAUUUCAUCACCGAUCUCGUUCGAAGUCAGACUCGAGGUGCCGUACCUAUGAACAACACCCUGUGGGAUAUCAUCCUCAGUAUCAUUGGCUUUAUCGGACUGCCCAUCUGGCGUAUCAUCACGGAUGGGACGGUCAGGAAGCACGCUGAUCAGCAUUUGAAAGACGUUCGGAUCAAUAUGGAUGGAUUGGAGGACGAUGGGGACGACGACAAAUAGGUUGAACGAAGUUAUGAUGGACACAAGGGAUUUCGCGCGGUCCGAGCUUUGUCUUCGUGAUACCUCGCCACGUGAUUGGGCUUGUGACAUGAAUGUCGAACCUCGAAGUUGAUCCCUCCUUCAGCAGGAGCGGCAGCUUCCUUUUGUUGAGGCUUCUGAAUCCUACCAAACACCAUAGGAGAGAUGGGUCGGUAAGCAUUAGAAGAGCGGCGGCUAUACCGGCUGAAGCUGAAGACUUGAGAGAUGAGAUGAUUGUCGUAUGGCGUAGGUGAGCGGUUGACCCGUUGAUAAGAGUGGUUGCUGAGCUCGGUAAAAGCUGGAGAGAUAGGUUGAUAGUUAUAAGGGGGUAGGAGAGCGGUUGUACCGUGCUCGUGGCUAGUGACCUAUUCUGUAGAUUCGCAGU